AUGUUACUCAAAAGCCAAGCUCUGUUCCUACUCUCCUCUCCCGUCCUGUCCGCAAACAGUUAUCCCACUGUAUCAAAUUGCGUUGCGAGCGCACUAUCAACGCCAAGUGUAUAUGGAGCCUCUGUUCUUACCAUCGAUGCUGUUGAAUCGACGCUUGAGUCCACAUCCAUCAGCUUCUGCAAUGUGACACUCACUUACACCCAUCCGGGUCAGGACGAUCUCAUCAAGGUUUGGCUCGGACUCCCAAGCGCAUGGAAUGGCAGAUUCCAGGGUGUAGGAGGGGGUGGCUGGGCUACUGGAUCCCCAUCUGAGAUGGUCCCGGCCAUCUCGCGAGGCUACGCCGCCGUCUCCACAGAUGGAGGUCAUGAUGCUCUCGGCCAGACUGCGGACUACUGGGCGCUCUUGAGCCCAGGCAACGUCAACCUGUAUGCUCUUCAAAAUUUCGCGUCGGUAGCACUCAACGACAUGACCGUUCUUGGCAAGCAGCUGACGGAGGCCUACUAUGGCAAGCCGAUCUCGAAAUCGUACUGGUCGGGCUGUUCCACUGGAGGCAGACAGGGUCUUAUGAUGGCUCAGCGGUAUCCGGAUGCCUACGAUGGCAUAUUAGCGCAAGCACCAGCAGUCAAUUGGGCCGAGUUUAUUCCUGUCAUGUUCUGGCCUCAGUUCAUUAUGCACAAGCUUGGAUAUUUUCCCAAUCAGUGUGAGCUCGAUUCAAUCACUGCUGCAGCAAUUAGUGCGUGUGAUGAGCUAGACGGGUUCAAAGAUGGUAUUGUGGGAUUGACAGGCUCGUGCGAUUUCGACCCCAGCACUGUUGUUGGCCAACAGUACACUUGUGGAAACAUCACGGGUUCAAUCUCGUUCGAAGCUGCGGAAAUCGCCAGAGCCACCUGGACGGGAGCCACAGAUGGGAAAGGGAAUGUGCAAUGGCCUGGUAUCGCUCUCGGCGCGCCCUUGAGCGCUAUUGCAGGUACCACCUGUGACCGGGACGGUAGAAAUUGCACUGGGUCACCGUUUCUGAUCUCGGCAGAUUGGCAUAGACUCUUCAUCCAGAAGGACCCUGCCUUUGACCUGUACAACUACACUCAAGCUGCGUGGGAUGCAGCUUUCCACGCCUCGGUACAGCAGUACACGUCUAUUAUCGGCACUAGUGAUCCUGAUCUAUCCGAAUUCAAGAACGCGGGCGGCAAGAUGAUCACAUGGCAUGGCAUGACCGAUCAGUUGAUUCCGUUCAACGGCACAAUCAACUAUUAUGACCGCGUGCUAGCUCUAGAUGCGAACGCGACGGAUUUCUACCGCAUUUACCUGGCGCCAGGAGUCGACCAUUGCAGCGGAGGUGUAGGUGCUGCGCCAACCGAUCCUCUGGGUGCGCUGGUAUCGUGGGUGGAGAACGGCGACGUACCGCAGAUAUUGGCUGCUAGCCGUACCGUGAACGGGUCGAUGUGGAAGCAGGAGCUGUGCUUGUAUCCGCUAUCGUCGAUCUACAAAGGAGGCGACCCGUCGGAUGCGGCAUCGUACAGCUGCGUGUGA